AUGUCCAAAACUCAAUUUGAAUCAACUUGUGCAUCUCUUUUACAAGAACUUGAGAUUAUAUGGGACGAGGUUGGAGUAACUGAAACCGAAAGAGAGAAGAUUUUGAUCGAGAUCGAAAACGAAUGUAAACAAGUCUACAAUCGAAAAAUCGAAAAGGUAAAAGAAGAUAGGAUUCGAUUAAGCCAAGAGAUUGCUGAUUCAGAAGCAAGAGUUAUAGCUAUAUGUUUUGUAAUGGAAGAGACACCGAUUCUUGGUAGACAACAUCAAUCUGAUCAAAGUUUAAAAGAAGUGUUUAGAAAAGUUCUUCAGAAACUUGAAGAAAUGGAAAAGAGAAAAGCAGAAAGAAAGAAUCAAUUUAUUCAAGUCAUUGAAGAUAUCAAAUGUGUAAGAGAUGAGAUUAAUGGAGAAUCAUCUGAUGAGGCGAUGGCUUGUUCAUCUGAUUUUUCGAUUGAUGAAUCCGAUUUAUCGCUUAGAAAGCUCGAAGAGUUACACAGCGAGCUUUACACACUUCAAGAACAGAAGAGAAACCGAGUGAAACAGAUUCAAGAUCAUCUAAGAACUCUCGAAUCGCUUUGUUCGGUUCUCGGUUUGAAUUACCAAGAAACUGUCAUAAAGAUUCACCCAAGUUUAGUAGAAUCUGAAGGGUCAAGAAGUAUAAGUAAUGAGACACUUGACAAGUUAGCUUCGUCACUAGAACAAUGGCAUGAGACAAAGUUACAGAGAAUGCAAGAACUUCAAGAUCUUGUGACAACAAUGCUUGAGUUUUGGAAUUUAAUGGAUACACCAGCAGAAGAGCAACAAAAGUUCAUUGAUGUCUCAUGUAAUAUAGCAGCCACUGUUUCUGAAAUAACCAAACCCAAUAGUCUCUCCAUUGAUUUGCUUGAAGAGGUAAAAGCCGAGCUGUGUCGAUUGGAGGAAUUGAAGUGGAGCAAAAUGAAGGAGCUAGUUUUAAAGAAACGGUCAGAACUUGAAGAGAUAUGCAGAAAAACCCACAUUGUUCUUGAAGAACAAGAAAUCGCGGUGGAGAAUAUAAUCAAAGCCAUCGAAUUUGGAGAUGUGAACCCUGAAAACAUACUGGAACAGAUCGAGUAUCGAGCUGGGAAAGUGAAAGAAGAAGCUUUAAGCAGAAAAGAGAUUCUUGAAAAAGCUGAGAAAUGGUUGAAUGCUUGUGAGGAAGAGAAUUGGCUUGAAGAAUAUAAUCAGGAUGAAAACCGAUACAACGCGGGAAAAGGAUCUCAUUUAAUCCUCAAACGCGCAGAGAAAGCUCGCGCAAUUGUCAAUAAACUUCCAGCUAUGGUUGAAGCAUUAGUUUCCAAGAUAACAAUUUGGGAAUCAGAGAAAGAAUCUGAGUUUCUCUUUGAUGGUAACCGUCUACUUUCGAUGCUCGAAGAGUAUACAGAACUAAGAGAAGAGAAAGAACAAGAACGUCGCAGAAAAAGGGAUCUGAAGAAACUUCAUGGUCAAGUGACAUCAGAGCAAGACAAAGGAACACCUACAAAGUCUCUAAUCACAAAAAAGGUCCUUAAAGUAUCGACUAGUAAGAGAUUCGCAUCAUCGCCUCAAACUCCUCAAACUGAUUCACCUCUCUCAGCAAAAUCUAUCAGUACUCCUUUUUCACGCCAUGGCUGA